UUAAUGGAUUGUGUGGGAUGUGAAAAGUGUUGGCUCUGGGGAAAGCUUCAAGUUCUUGGUCUUGGUACUGCAUUGAAGAUCCUCUUUUCUGUUGAUGGUAAAAAUAAUCAAGAUCAACCUUUGCAGCUGCAACGAAAUGAAGUGAUUGCUCUUGUAAAUCUGUUAAAUCGACUUUCUGAAUCUGUCGAAAUUGUUCGUCAAAGUGGUGAUUCAAUCAGGAAAGUAGCAGAAGGAGGACGUGUUAUUGAACCUUCCAUACAAACAAUCAGCACGUUACAAAGAUUAUGGGAAGCUGUCAUCCCGAUCAGGCUUAGGUAUGUGACUAUUCCUGUUGUUAGGGAUGUUAGCACCGUAACUAUCGGAUAUCACAAAUUUGAAAGCAACUGUAAAGCAUACUGCACACUACUGAUUGAUUAG